AGCCAAGGCUAUGUUCUGCCUGAAGGGAAAAUCAUGCCAAAUACCAUUUUUGUGGGUGGAAUUGACAUUCGGAUGGAUGAGACAGAAAUUCGGAGCUUCUUUGCACGAUAUGGCACUGUUAAAGAAGUGAAAAUAAUCACAGACAGAACUGGUGUGUCCAAGGGAUAUGGAUUUGUGUCAUUUUUGGACAAUGUCGAUGUACAGAAAAUAGUAGAAUCACAAAUCAACUUUCAUGGGAAGAAACUCAAACUAGGGCCUGCAAUAAGAAAACACCCAAACCUAUGUGCUUAUCAUGUGCCACCGAGACCAGUGCUUAUUAAUUCACCCACACCUCAGUUCCACAGCGUUUGGAGCAACCAGGAAGCAUAUUUGCAGCCUCCAGCUGUGAUGAGUCCUGUCACACAAUAUGUUCAGGCGUAUCCUUACGGGUCGCCAGCUUUAUUAAUUCAGCAACAGGUACCUGUAGGGUUUCAGCCUGCUUACAACUAUCAGGUUCCACCACAAUGGCCACCUGGAGAACCCAGAAACUAUAUUGUGCCUCCGGCUUAUACCAUGAAUUAUGGUGGUGAUUUGGAGGUAGGCGCAGAACAGGCAGAGUGUUCUAUGGCCGAGACUGCACAGUCCUGUGGAAACAGUCCACAAAAGAAAUCUGUGGACCGAAGCAUACAGACAGUCGUGUCAUGUCUAUGUAAUCCAGACAACAGAUUGAGGAACAAUAUUGUAACUCAGGAGGACUAUCUUAAGGAGAAAAGGGCACAUCAUUUUAGAAGAAGCAGAGCUGUACUCAAAUCUGUUUGA